CGCGCGUCACCGAGCGCUUAAGAGAAAGUAGUGGCGGGGCCGGAGCCCGGCGGAGCCCGCGGAGCGGCCGUGGCAGGAGCGGGAACCGGAGCGCCGCCGCGCCGGCACCCGGAGAUGCCCUGCAUCCAGGCCCAGUGCAGCACCACGGGCGCCGGCCCCUGCGAGCGCUGCCCGGCCGAGCUGCUCAGCCCCGAGGGCGGCCGAUUCCCCAUGGAAGUGGCCGGAGCCGAUCUGGCGGCCGCUCCAGCCCUGCCCAGCUUCAGCACCUUCAUGGAGGGCUACGCCGGCGAGUUCGACGCCUUCCUCUACCAGCUGCCAGCCAGCGGCCAGCCCAGCGCCGCCACCGCCUUCAAGCUGGAGGAUUUCCAGGUGUACGGCUGCUACCCCAGCGCCUUCGGGGGGCAGCCGGACGAGACCCUGUCCUCCAGCGGCUCGGACUGCUACGGGAGCCCCUGCUCCAUCCCCUCGCCCGCCACGCCCGGCUUCCAAGCCCCGCAGGCCCCAGGAUGGGAGGGCUCCUUCGGGCCGUACUCACCGCUGCCGAACUACGAGGCCGGGCAGCCCUGGGCUGAGCCAGCCAAGGGCGGGGGGUCCCAGCCUCCCUUUUUCGCCUUCGGCCCCCCGGCUCCCAGCCCUGCUGGCUCCCCGGCCGCCCUCAAGGGGCAGCUCGGCCCCUCGCCCCGUGUGGACCCGCGGCUGCUGGACACGGACGCGUUUGCCCCGAGCCAGGGGGCUCCCAGGGGCUUCGCGGGGCUGCCCCUGGCUCCCAGCUCGCCGCUGCUGGAGGGGCCGGCGCUGGCGCCCAGCAAGGUGCGCAGCCCCGGGGCGGGCGAGGGGCGCUGCGCCGUCUGCGGGGACAACGCGUCGUGCCAGCACUACGGCGUGCGCACCUGCGAGGGCUGCAAGGGAUUCUUCAAGCGCACAGUGCAGAAGAAUGCCAAGUACAUCUGCCUGGCCAACAAGGACUGCCCUGUGGACAAGCGGCGCAGGAACCGCUGCCAGUUCUGCCGCUUCCAGAAGUGCCUGGCCGUCGGCAUGGUCAAAGAAGUGGUCCGGACCGACAGCCUGAAGGGGAGGCGGGGCCGGCUCCCCUCCAAGCCCAAGCAGCCGCCGGAUGCGUCCCCGGUCAGCCUCAUCACCUCUCUGGUGCGGGCUCACAUUGACUCCAUCCCCAGCGCCACCAAGCUCGACUACUCCAAGUUCCAGGAGUCAGCCCCGUGCCCAUUUGAGAAGGAGGACUCCGUGGACGUGCAGCAGUUCUACGACCUCCUCACCGGCUCCAUGGACGUCAUCCGCAAGUGGGCCGAGAAGAUCCAGGGCUUCAGCGAGCUGCCCAAGGAGGACCAGGACCUCCUGCUGGAAUCAGCAUUCCUGGAGCUCUUCAUCCUUCGCCUGGCAUACCGCUCCAAGCCAGAGGAAGGGAAACUCAUCUUCUGCAACGGCGUGGUGCUGCACCGGCAGCAGUGCGUGCGUGGCUUCGGGGAAUGGAUCGACGCCAUCCUCGAGUUCUCCCAGAGCCUGCACCGCAUGAGCGUCGAUGUCCCCUCCUUCUCCUGCCUCGCCGCCCUCGUCAUCAUCACAGACCGGCACGGGCUAAAGGAGCCGAAGCGGGUGGAGGAGCUGCAGAACCGCAUCGUGGGCUGCCUCAAGGACCACGUGGCAGCAGCAGGAGCCGAGCCCGGCCGCUCCAGCUGCCUCUCCAAGCUGCUGGGGAAGCUGCCCGAGCUGCGCAGCCUCUGCACCCAGGGCCUCCAGCGCAUCUUCUACCUCAAGCUGGAGGAUCUGGUGCCGCCACCACCCAUCGUCGACAAGAUCUUCAUGGACACUCUGCCUUUCUGAGUCCCGGGCAAGGGGCUGCCAUGAGCCCCCGACCCGCCUGGGGACAUCUGGGACCCGCCCUGGGCAACCCUGGUUCAGUCCAAGGAUGCCUGGGAACCCCCUGGGCACCCCUGGGUCACCCCUGAGAUGCCUGGAACAUCCCCUGGAUACCCCUAGAUCAGCCCUGGGAUGUUUGGGACCCUCCCUGGGUGACCCCCAGAAUGCCCAAAAACCACCUGGGCAUCCCUGGAUCACUCCUAGGAUGCCUGGAACUCCCUCCUGGGUCAUCCACAGGAUGCCUGGGACCCCCUGGGCACCCCUAGAUCGCUCCUGGGAUGCCUGGGACCACCCCUGCAUCACUCAGGGAUGCCUGGGAUCACUCCCAGGAUAUCUGGAACAUCCCCUGGGUACCCUAGAUCAGCCCUGGGAUGUUUGGGACCCUCCCUGAGUGACUCCCAGAAUGCCCAAAAACCACCUGGGCAUCCCUGGAUCAGUCCUAGGAUGCCUGGAACCCACCCUGGUCACUCCUGGAUCAGUUCUGGGAUGCCCAGGACAUCCCUGUGGACUCCUGAGUGACCUCUGGACACCUGGGAUGCCCCCAGGCCAUUCCCAAGACUCCAUGCUUACCCCUGGGUCACCCCCAGAACACCUGGAACCCCCUCCUGGGUCAUCCACGGGAUGCCUGGGACCCCCUGGGCACGCCUAGAUCACUCCUGGGGUACCUGGGACCACCCCUGCAUCACUCCAGGGAUGCCUGAGAUCCCCUGGAUCACCCCCAGAACACCUGGAACCCCCUCCUGGGUCAUCCACGGGAUGCCUGGGACCCCCUGGGCACCCCUAGAUCACUCCUGGGGUACCUGGGACCACCCCUGCAUCACUCUAGGGAUGCCUGGCAUCACUCCCAGGGUAUCUGGGUCCCCCCUCAGAUGCCUGAGUCUUCUUGGGGGCACCUUUUGGGGUGCCCCACGUGCCUUCACGGCCCAGGGUGCUGCCUCCCAGCAGCACCGGUGCCGUCUUCCCCGGGGGCAUCGCCAGCGCGGUGCCCUCCUCCCCUGUAAAAACGCCCCUGAUGUAAAUAGCGCCGGCCGGGUCCUGUACAGAGCGGGGGGCGCGGGCGAGGGGUGGCUCCGGCCCCCUCAACCUCGGCCCCUUCCCCUUUAUAUAUAUUUUUCUGGGUUUCCCUCUUU